CUUCGAAAAGUGGUGGCGGCUGCAGGUACCGGAGUAGUGUAGUGGAGCGGCCGGGACGGGCUAGGUCUACUGGGGCUCACCGCCAAACCAAUCCAAGAAGAAGGGAUGCUCUGGCUCCUAGUCCCUCCUCCCACACCCCGCAGAUGGAUCCAAAAUUCUUCGCUCCCUGCCAAACCCUUCCUGAUAGGAUUAGCCCUCCCUUAUCUCUAUCCCAACUCAAACCCUGCUUUUGAAGGUCUGAGCCUCACAUUUUGAGCCUCAAAUACCAUGUCACUCCUGGGUACAUCUUUAACCCUAAUGGCCCACUUUCAAGUCUAGCCUCCGUUCUCAUCCCUGGACUCCCAUCCUCAUUUUCAGGCCUGAAAACCCUAUUCUCAGCUCCUAACACCCAUCCAUAGAUCCCACCUUAGAUGAUCUUCAAACCCACCCUCCCCCAUUUUGUGACCCAGCCCUGAUUUUCACCACCACUGUCUCCCUCACCAUGUAUCCCUUUCUCUGCUUAGUCUGGGCCCAGGCCCUGUGCCCCUGAAGACAUGGAGUUUGUGUCUGGAUACCGGGAUGAGUUCCUUGAUUUCGCUGCCCUCCUCUUUGGCUGGUUUCACAAGUUCGUGGCCGAGCGCGGGACUGUGGGCGCCAGCGUUGAGGGCCGCUGGCGACAGCUGGAGGCUCAGAUCAGAAGGCUGCCCCAGGACCCUGUCCUUUGGGUGCUCCAUGUCUUGCCCAACCAUAGUGUGGGCAUCAGCCUGGGGCAAGGGACAGAGCCAGGCCCUGGACCAGGCCUGGGGGCUGCCAGGCUCCUGGGAGACGAACCCCCACUCCACCUGCGAGACCUAAGCCCCUAUGUCAGCUUUGUCAGCCUGGAGGAAGGGGAGGAGGAGGAAGAGGAAGAGAAUGGAGAGGAGGAGGGUGCAGGUACGGAGAAGGUAGAACCUGAAGAGGAUGGGGAGCCAGCCCAUACCAGCAGGGAGUCCCCCCAGGAAGCAAAUCCUCCAGGGGAGCCAGAGGAGGCUGAGCAGGAGGCAGGAGGUGGCGUGGAUGGCUGCCAAGAGGACAGGGCAGAAGACGAAACAGGGCCUGAGAGGAGGAAGGGACGGAGAAGUGAGGCUGCCCCCCUGCACCUUUCCUGCCUCUUACUGGUGACAGAUGAACAUGGCACCCUCUUGGGCAUUGACCUGCUAAUUAAUGGAGCCCAGGGGAGUGCAGGCAGAGGCUCAGGGACACAGAAUCUGGCUCCUCGGGCCUAUGCUCUCCUCUGCCACAGCAUGGCCUACCCCAUGGGUUCUGGAGACCCUCGAAAGCCCCGACAGCUCACUGUGGGAGACGCCCAGCUGCAUCGAGAGCUGGAGAGUCUGGUCCCAAGGCUGGGCGUGAAGUUAGCCAAGACCCCAAUGAGGACAUGGGGUCCCCGGCCAGACUUCACCUUUGCCUCUCUUCGAGCUCGAACCUGCCAUGUUUGUCACAGGCACAGCUUUGAAGUGAAGCUGACACCUUGCCCCCAAUGUAGUGCUGUCUUGUACUGUGGGGAGACCUGUCUCCAGGCUGACUGGCGGCGAUGCCCAGAUGAUGUGAGCCACCGAUUUUGGUGCUCAAGGCUUGCAGGCUUCAUGGAGCGGGCAGGAGAACUGGCAACUCUGCCUUUUACCUACACUGCAGAGGUGACCAGUGAAACCUUCAACAAGGAGGCCUUCCUGGCCUCGCGGGGCCUCACUCGUGGCUACUGGACCCAGAUCAGCAUGCUGAUUCCAGGCCCUGGCACCCCCAGGCACCCACGGGGCAGCACACCAUCCCUCAGUCUUCUUCUCAAUGGAGAUCCCUACCAGUUUCUCUCAGGAGAUCCUUACCAGCUUCUCAAGGGGGACGGGCCUGCCUUGAUGCCUCCUGUGCCCCCAGAUCCACCCAGGGGUCUCUUUGGCUUAUGGCAGGAUUACUACAUAUGGCGGGGCCUCAGUUUGGACUCUCCCAUGGCUGUGCUUCUCACCUACCCACUGACUGUAUACUACGUCAUCACCCACCUGGUGCCCCAGUCCUUCCCUGAGCUCAACAUCCAGAACAAACAGUCGCUGAAAAUCCAUGUGGUGGAGGCCGGGAAGGAAUUUGACCUUGUUAUGGUGUUUUGGGAGCUCCUGAUCUUGCUCCCCCAUAUGGCCCUAGAGAUGCAGUUUGUGGGUGAUGGUCUGCCUCCUGAGAGUGACCAGCAGCACUUUAUCCUGCAGAGGGAUGGCCCCGAAGUAUCUGUCCGUCCUGGUUCUGGGGUAGCAGCACGGCUCAGCUCUGGGACUAAGGAGAAGGGAGUCCACAGGGACCUGCAGAUCAAAGUGUCUGCACGGCCCUACCACCUGCUCCAGGGGCCCAAGCCUGACUUGGUUAUUGGAUUUAACUCUGGCUUUGGUCUCAAGGACACUUGGCUGAGCUCACUGCCUAGGUUACAGUCCCUCCGAGUGCCAGCCUUCUUCACCGAGAGUAGCGAGUACGGCUGUGUAAUGGAUGACCAGACCAUGGCAGUGGCCACAGGAGGGGGCACCAGCCCUCCACAGCCCAACCCCUUCCGCUCCCCCUUUCGCCUCAGAGCGGCUGACAACUGCAUGCCCUGGUACUGCAAUGCCUUCAUCUUCCACCUGGUCUACAAGCCUCCUCAAGGGAGUGGGGCUCGCCCAGCACCCGGGCCCGGGCCUCCAGCACCAAUUCCUGAGGCUCCUCCUGACCCCGCCAGAAGGCGCCGAGGAGAAAAGAAAUCUGGGCGGGGAGCCCGCCGGCGGAGGUGAAGGCUGAGAGGUAGCAGUCCACCCUCUCUCCCAGCAAGCCUCCGAAAGGGAUUCGAAACACGCAAGGCUGAGGGUGAUGCGGGUUGGCAGAACACAGAAAAGAUAAAUAAAAUUGCUUGUU